GGCGCAUACGGUGGAUCUACGAGGGGCAGAACUAUAAAACCCCUCAUGUCAACACACCACCACACACAAUUCCAUUCAUACCUGUCCAUUCAUCCAUACUCCAAGCACAAUGACUGCAAAAUCCAUCCUCAACCAUGCAGCAGCCAACCACUACGGCGUCCCCGCCAUGUGCUGCUACAACGUCGAAGGCAUCCUCGCCACCGUCCGCGCCGCCGAAUCCAAACGCUCCCCCGCCAUGAUCCUCCUCUUCCCCUGGGCGAUUCACUACGCAGACGGCAUCCUGGUCCACGCAGCGGCCGAGGCAGCGCGCAAUGCCUCCGUCCCCGUCACCGUGCACAUGGACCACGCACAGUCACCGGAGAUCAUCCGGCGGGCCGCAGACAUGGGCGGGUUCGACAGCAUCAUGGUCGACAUGUCGCACUACGAGAAGGAGGAGAAUCUAGCCCUCACGCGUGAGCUGGUCGGCUACUGCCACGCGCGCGGGAUCGUGACGGAAGCCGAACCGGGCCGGAUCGAGGGCGGGGAGGACGGGGUGGCUGACACGGCUGAUUUGGAGGGGAUGUUGACGACGCCUGAAGAGAGUGAGGAGUUUGUCGAGACGGGGAUUGAUUGGCUCGCGCCGGCUUUUGGGAAUGUGCAUGGGGAGUAUGGGCCACGGGGGAUUCGGUUGGAGUAUGAGCGGUUGAAGGCGGUUCAUGAGAAGGUUGGGGAUAGGGUGAGGUUGGUGCUGCAUGGGGCGGAUCCGUUUACGGAGGAGAUUUUUGCGAAAUGCAUUGCGUGUGGGGUGUCCAAGGUGAACAUUAACAAGGUGUUGAAUAAUGAGUAUGUCAGGGUGCAGCAGGAGAAGGCAGGAAGGGUGCCGUUGACGACGCUGCUGGAGGAGGCGACGAAUGCGAUGCAGAAGGCUGUCGAGAGAUGUAUGGAUAUGCUCAAGUCGACGGGGAGAUAUCCAUGAUCUGUCAGUCAUAGAUAUAGAGUAGACCUUCAUUCCUUUGUUAAAGCGAGAAUAUAUUCAAAAUAUCCUUCUUUCAUCUGUCAUC